AUGGAGAAGACGAAGAUUGGGAGGAGAUUUGAAGGCAAGGUGGCGAUUGUGACGGCGUCGACUCAGGGGAUCGGUUUCGCCAUAGCGCAGCGUCUCGGCUCGGAAGGCGCCUCUGUUGUCAUCGCGCAAGCAGUGACAAAACUGUUGAAUGAUAAGAACAUUGACAUGGAAAAAAAUAUUGAUGAGGCUGCUCAAAAACUGAAAGCUCAAGGAAUUGAAAUGUUUGGAGUGAAAUACAGAAAGAUAGAUGUUGUUAUAUGUAAUGCUGCUGUCAAUCCAUCUGCUGGUAACAUUUUGCAUAUCCAAGAGUCUGUCCUUGACAAGCUAUGGGAGAUUAACAUCAAAUCAUCUAUACUUCUAUUGAAGGAUGCAGUUCCUCACAUGCCGAAGGGUUCUUCAAUUAUUUUCAUUUCCUCCAUUGCUGGAUUUCUACCUCAACCUUCCAUGGGAUUGUAUGGUGUGACCAAAACUGCUCUUCUAGGCCUCACCAAAGCUCUUGCUCUGGAGAUGGCUCCAGAUAUACGUGUAAACUGUGUUGCUCCUGGUUUUGUGCCAACGCACUUCACUAAGUCCAUUACUAGCGAUGAAGUUAUCGAGGAAAGCUCUUGCAAAGAUGACUUUACUCAACAAGCUUGGAACCACAGAAGACAUGGCUGCUGCUACUGCCUUCUUGGCUGGAGGCUGCCCUCUAGACUCUAGUUUACCUUCCUUGUUUUUUCGUAUAGAAACAAGACAUAUAUAUAUAUAUAUAUAGAGAGAGAGAGAGAGAGCCUACAAAUAAUUUAUCCUUUCUAACCCUCAUGUAUGGUAUGAUUUCCUCUGAUAGAUGGCACCUUAUUAGGGAAUGAAUAUCAAAUAAAUCAAAAUAUUCCCCCACAUU